AAACAUUGCAUAUAGAAAAUUCUCUUUAUCAUGUCAACGUGGGCUACUACAAAAGCAUUGCUUUACGUGAAGGUUAGAACAUGGUUUGCCACAUGAGUCCAUCUGAUCGCCAUUUUCUUCUUAUUGUUAGACUCUAAUCCUCUCAUCAUCCUUGCACCAGUUCUAUCACCAUCCAUGAAGCCGGCCCCCAGCCAAUGGUCGAUUUCUUUCAAUUGGGCCAUGAUCGGGCUGUCCUCUUUCCUACUGGUCGCCAUCGUCAACUUCUUCAUGUCCAAAAACGAGAUCCACCUUCAAAAUCUAGUGGGCCUCAACCGACCUUCCUCCUUUCUCAACGUCACCUACAGCUCUCAUCUCUCCCCAGCUGGAACUCCAAGGCCCGCUUUCCGGCUACUCAUCGGAAUCAUGACACUGCCUGACAAGUACCGGCGUCGCAACCUGCUCCGCCUUGUCUACGGCAUACAAUCUCCGGCGAACGUGCAGGUGGACGUGAAGUUUGUGUUUUGCAACCUCACCAAUGAGGAUCAGAUGGUCCUUGUAGCACUUGAGAUCAUGCGCUACAACGAUAUAAUCAUCCUCAAUUGCACUGAGAACAUGAACAAUGGUAAGACCUAUACAUACUUCUCUAGCUUACCGGAGAUACUCGAUCAAAUAGACGGCUCUGAUCGUCCCUACGACUACGUGAUGAAGGCCGAUGAUGACAUCUACUUAAGGUUGGAUCGAUUGGUCGAUUCACUGAUGCCAUUGCCAAGAGAGGACAUGUAUCAUGGUUUUGUGAUCCCAUGUCGUGAAAUGAACCCUUUCGGGCACUACAUGUCGGGUAUGGGGUACACGCUUUCGUGGGAUCUAGUCGCAUGGAUCCGAUCAUCGGACAUACCUAAGAAUCAAACGACUGGGAUGGAGGAUCGGAUCGUUGGUGAGUGGCUACACAAAGGUGGUCGGGCUAAGAACAGGUACAAUAACAAGCCGGCCAUGUACAAUUACCCGGCCGAUGUCGCCGUGGACCCGUGUUCGCAUGAGUUCAUUCCGGACACGAUCGCCGUCCAUCGCCUUAAGGAUCAAGCGAAAUGGAUCCGGACCUUGCAAUACUUCAACGUCACGGAUCAGCUUAAACCAUCUAAAAUGUACCAUAUCCCUUAAUGCACGGUUGAUAAUCUUUCUCAAUUCUUCUGAUUGAUGUCUUGAAAUUAAUAACAUUGAGAUUUUAUUGAGGUUGGUGCAUGUAUUCA